AUGGCGGAGCAAGAGGCCUCCAUCCUCUCCUACGACGGCAGCAUGUACAUGAAGGUGGUGAUGCCCACCGUCAUGCACACGGAGGCCGAGGACGUGGCCCUGCGCUUCAGGUCCCAGCGGGCCUACGGCCUCCUGGUGGCCACCACGUCUCGCGACUCGGCCGACACGCUGCGGCUGGAACUGGACGGCAGCCGCGUCAAGCUCACGGUGAACCUAGACUGUAUCAGGAUAAACUGUAACUCCAGCAAGGGACCAGAGACCCUGUAUGCUGGGCAAAAGCUCAAUGAUAAUGAGUGGCAUACAGUACGCGUGGUCCGCCGUGGCAAAAACUACAAGCUCAUGGUUGACGAUGAUGUUGCAGAAGGCCAGAUGGCGGGCGACCACACCCGUCUAGAGUUUCACAACAUUGAGACAGGCAUCAUGACGGAGCGACGUUUCGUGUCUGUUAUCCCUUCCAGCUUCAUCGGACACCUGCAAAGCCUGAGAUUCAACGGUAUGCUCUACAUAGACCUGUGCAAGAACGGUGACAUUGACUUCUGUGAGCUCAAUGCUCGCUUUGGCAUGCGUUCCAUCAUUGCUGACCCCGUGACCUUCAAGAGCAAGAGCAGCUACCUUAGCCUGGCGACGCUGCAGGCCUACACAUCCAUGCACCUGUUCUUCCAGUUCAAGACCACCUCACCCGACGGCUUCAUCCUCUUCAACAGCGGAGACGGGAAUGACUUCAUCGCCGUAGAGCUGGUCAAAGGGUACAUCCACUAUGUGUUUGACCUGGGCAACGGCCAAAACCUCAUUAAGGGCAACAGUGACAGGCCUCUCCAUGACAACCAGUGGCACAACGUGGUCAUCACCCGGGACAACAGCAACUUACACACGCUGAAGGUGGAUGCCAAGGCAGUAAGCCAGGUGGUGAAUGGAGCCAAGAACCUUGACCUGAAAGGUGACCUGUUCAUUGCUGGGCUGGGCCCCAACAUGUAUGGCAGCCUGCCCAAGCUGGUGGCCUCCAGGGAUGGCUUCCAGGGCUGCUUGGCAUCGGUAGACCUUAAUGGACGCUUACCGGACCUCCUCAACGAUGCACUGUUCCGCAGCGGGCAGAUAGAGCGCGGAUGCGAAGGUACACCCUCCCUCAAAACCAUGUCCGACUCCGACUUGAGCUCAAACGAUUAUGACCCCAACUACAACCCUAACUACAACUCAAACUCCAAUUACAACUCAAACUCGAGUUCAGGAAGUCCAUUUUUCCUCCUCAACUCCAACAGUAGCUCCAUCUCCCUACGCCCGUAUGCCCCCCCCUCCAUCCUACUAACCCUGCUGGUCACCUCACUCACCCAAACGACCCACUGAUUGGGUACAAACUAGACUGGGACCAACUAAAGUCCUCUACAUCGGCCUCGCACCCCUUUCCAGUUGUUAUCGGCCACAUUGGUCACGCAUUAAUCAUGUCUACAUGACCUUGGGCCUCAAAGCUGUCCAGUAACGCGUAGUGCAAAAAUACUACAGCCAGGUACCCCAUUGUUUUCAUGAAAUUUCAUCAUUUAUUUGCGCAUUUUUUUUGUGUUUUGUCCGUAGAAGCUUGUCAGUGGUUAAUAAAACAUGACAACAUAUUUUACAAGCUUGGGAAGCUAGUGGUGGUGUUUUAGUAUGUGCAGUAAAGAGAUCAUGUUGUUGUCAGUUUUGUUUUUAAUAUGAGUGUUAUAGCUGAUUGAAUUGUUGAAGCAGAUCGAUCUUUGUUUUGCAAUCCCAUCUUCAAAAUGUAGAUGUGAAAGACAUAUAUUUAAUUCAGGAUACAUGUUGUGCACAAUAUUGAUACAAGCAGUGACAGGACAAUGCCAGAACGUUUUUACUCUGAGUUCUGAGUAAAAACUGAGUUCUAAGUUCUCAUUCACUGCUUGAAUGUAAAAUGAAUUCAGCUUUUCUUUAUAACAAUGCAAAGAAAAUGCAUCUAGAUAAGAAAUCUCUUUAGGAGCAUGGAAGGAACCAGUCAGCAAAUAUUUAGCUGUGUGCACAAAACUGUAAUGCCAAAGGUUUCAGUUUGUUUUGUGUCGAUUUCAAAUAUUCCAUGAUGAUUAGGCGAAAGUGGCCUUAGGAAAUGUUGUAUUUGCAUUAGCAUCAAAUAUCACAAUGAACAAUAUGUCUUUAUUACUUAAACUUUUAACCCAAAGUCUCAAUUACACAUUCCUCAUUUGUAGCAAAUGAGUAACAAUCAAGCUUACAUCACCCGUACUUGUUUGCAUGUACAUGUAGAUAUUUAUUUUCUCUACAUUUCCAUAGCAUGUUGCUCUUGAGUGAAAGAUUCAUAUUUUGUUCAGUUUAAAUAUCAGUUCUGUAUUUGCACCCUUCGUUUUUCUGUUGUCUGUUUUUGUGUAUGCUGUUCAGACUAGAGAUCCACAAAGUGAAUCAAUUUGGUGCUCAACACAUUUUGAUGACUAUAAACACAGUAUCUAUUAAAUAAUUUUAAAUCAGAGCCCCAUGGUUCUUUAUUUUCUCCUAAUUAUGAUUGUUACUUGGGGAGACAGCUAUGUCCU